CCGCCAUGAACAUCGUCGAAACCCUCUUCGGCCGGACCAAGACGCCCGCCGAGCGCCUCCGCCAGCACCAGCGCGCUCUCCAGAAGGCACAGCGCGAGCUCGACCGCGAGCGCUCAAAGCUCGAGCAGCAGGAGAAGAAGCUCAUCGUCGACAUCAAGAACAGCGCCCGCAAAGGCGAGAUCGGCCCGUGCAAGGUCAUGGCCAAGGACCUCGUGCGCACCCGGCGCUACGUGUCCAAGUUCUACACGAUGAAGACCCAGCUCCAGGGCGUGUCGCUCCGCAUCCAGGGCAUGCGCAGCAACCAGCAGAUGGCCGAGGCCAUGAAGGGCGCGACCAAGGCGAUGAACCUCAUGUCGCGGCAGCUCAACCUCCCCCAGAUUCAGCGCAUCCUCCAGGACUUUGAGAAGGAGUCGUCGAUGAUGGAUAUGAAGGAGGAGAUGAUGGGCGACGCCAUCGACGACGCCAUGGACGACGAGGUUGGCGAGACCGAGGAGGAGGAGGGCGACCGCAUCCUCGAGGAGGUGCUCGCCGAGGUUGGCGUGAGCGUUGGCCAGCAGCUCGGCGAAGCGCCAACCUCCCUUCCCGCGACUGCCCUCUCCGAGCCCGGCGUGCGUCGCGCCGUCGCCGUCGGCGAGACGUCGGGUGGGCCCUCGGCAUCGUCUACCGGUGCGAGCUCGAGCGGUGCGGAUGCGGGAGGCGCAGGUGCGGCGGGCGGCGACGGCGGGCUCGACGACCUCCAGGCGCGGUUGGACAACUUGCGCCGGGACUGAGCGGCGCCCCGCCGUGCGAGGGCUGCGAGGUGGACGAUACAGUGUUGUACGGCCGUGCCAGAUGUACUUCUACUGCGUUUUGCCC